AACAUCUCUUUACCUGCCUACAGUUUGUGCCUUCUGUGGCAAUGUUAUUAGUACACAAAGCCGGCGGUGUAAUACAUAACAUAAUCAGUAGCAGUCAGUGGUUGCUAUUAUAUUUCACAAAUGCUACCUAUAUUUAUUUUGAUUUAAUUAAUUUAAAAUUUUAGAAAGACUUGCUUAAUUAAAUACUUAAUUGCUGUGAUUCAAAUUUGUGUUUAAUUUAAAUUUGUUCAUCGACAAAACACGAAUGUAAAUUUGGUUUUCUAAUAAAAAACGUGACUUAAAACAAAAACUAAAAGGCGAUGUUUGAUAUUUGUAUUAUCACCUGAGGCAGAUAAACACGGAAACGUGACGUGAUCAGUCUCAUUUGGCAAAACCAUUACAGUUCGCACACAUCGUUUUGCGGGGCAGUAGGUAUCUUUCCGAAGGUAUUAUAAUGGACAAAUUAUGUACGAGAAUAUUUGGAUAUACAAAAUUUCUGUGGUCUAAAUCAAACCGAUGGCAUAAAGGGUUCCUUAUAUUCGCGCUUAUAGAGACGAGAAUCUUCCCGGGAGGUCAGGUCGGCUUCCACUGCAACGACCCGGCACUGUCGCAUCCGUACACAGGCGAUACUAUCAGCUGGAAGCUACUGCUGGCCACGGUCAUAAUCCUACCACUCGUUGUUAUGUUAAUAGUGGAAAGAAAAUACCACACUAAUAAGAGGAUAAAGCCGAAAGACCAAGCGCUAUAUUGGUACAGAGAGUACCUUUUCGGAGUGCUCCUCAACUUGAUAACGAUACAGCUGAUGAAGAGCAUCGUCGGAUCCCCUAGACCGCACUUUUUCGACACGUGUAGCCCUAAGGAGGCAUUGACUUGUGAGGGGUCUGAAUACAUAGAAAGCUACACGUGCACGAAAGCUCACUGGCUCAAUCAGUCGGAUCGUAGCUUUCCUUCAGGACACACGUCUCUAGCUUUUCAUGCUGCUAUAUAUUUAGCUUAUUACAUAUCCAACAGAUCGAAGGCAAAAUCUGCUUCGAUAAUAGCGAUUCAGUUGGUUUUGCUGACGAGCGCGGCUUUCUGCAGCGUGUCCCGGAUGAGCGACCACAGGCACCACUGGUGGGACGUGGUGGCCGGCGCCGCCAUCAGUCUGCCCCUGCUCUGGUACACUAUUAGAAAUUUAUGCAAAAAUUUCGAUUGUUCUGUAAGUGAUGAGGAAGCCGAGAACUUGAAGAACGGGACCGGAGCUUACGUGAAAACUUAAUUUUGCAAAUUUUACAAAUAUAUUAAUAGUAAGAGCACUUUUUUUUUUAAAUCUAUACCUACACAAUCUGAUUUUUUAUUUAUUUAUUGAUUAUAGAUUUGUAUUAUAACUUAAGAUGUUAAGCAAUACAAAUAUUUACUUUUUGAUGGAUAUAAAAAUGAUGGAUUUUUGCUAAUAUUAUUUUAAUGGUAUUAUUAUACAUAUUUUUUUUAAUGUUUUAAGUAUAAAAGAAACAUUUCCAGUUAUAAUAAGAAUACUUAGUUUUUAUACACGGGUUGGUGUUUUAAAAUGGGCCAAGUGUUCGGAUGAUAGAAUUAAUUGAAAGCUCAGAAAGCUUCGCCCCAAGUAAGUUUGAUGUUGACACGUUUAAGUAUUUUUUAUUAAAUGCAGCUUUGUUAUCUCGACUAUUAUAAUCAAUUGUAUGAAUAAUAUAAAUUUUGUUAAACUACCCGCGCGCCACCUGUCGUACGUUGAAGGAACUAGGAUAGUAACUGUAUGAAGCCUCAUCAAAAUGCGCAUAUAGAAAUAUAUACACGGGUACAAAUAUACAUACAUACAUCCAUUUUUAAUAGGGCUCUGCGGCACAAUAACGCCCCUGACUCUCGAUCCGAUAGUCGCGGGUUCGAUUCCCGGUUCGAGCAAAUAUAUAAUUUAUCAAUUUAUAUAGUGUAGAUAAUAUUUUGGCAACUAAAUUUAUUAUUUAGAUUAUGAGUACGCGUUGACGGCAAUGUUUAUAAAAUAGAAAGUGACUUGUGUUUUUUUUUUAUAAUUUAUAAAAAUGACGACUGCAGUGAAAUGGUAAAUCAGUGAUUAUUAAUAGUAUGUUGUUAUUAUUAUUAUAUAAAAUGCGUUUAAUAUAAUAAUAAUGGUAUAAAUAUAGAAGUAAUUGGGAGUUUCGUUUUCAAGCGCAAAUAGUUAUGUAAAUACAAAUGAUUUGAUAGAUGUUAUAUCUAUGUAUAUAUCGAGGGGAGAAAGGAUGUUUGGUUUGAGCGACAUUUUUGCAACUUUACAGGAGAGCCAUAAGAUUCAAAUUUGGAGAUUAUAAUAAUAUCAUAAAAAAAAGUCAUCUAUUUGAAUGGUGUAAACUUAAUUGAAGUUCAAUUAAAAAGAUCGAGCUGUUGAUGCUAAUAUAUAUAUUAAUACGUGAAGCAGAAACUUUGUACCCCUUUUUACGAAAAUUGCGCGGACGGAGUAGUAUGAAAUAUCUCACACUUAUAGAGAAUAUAGAGAAGGAGUGCACAAUGCUAAUAUUUUUUAAAAAUAAUGCAUAAAAGAUACAUGAAAUCAAUAAAGAAAACAUUACACACACUGCCAUGUAUUUGACACACACACAUAAUGUAUAUUAUCAUAUAACCUUUGGUCUGUGGUCAAAUUGAAAAUAGGUUAAUAUUGUUUAUCUUUAAUAUUAUUUAUCUAUAGUGUAGUCUUGGCGAAAUCUGUGAUUAUAGAAGUAUAAUAAAUAGUCUUUGACAAUAGAACCAUAAUAAGUUCAAACUUAUAAUUUUAAUUAAUUAUAGUCGAAUUUCGACUACAGAGGGACCAACCACUAGUACCAAAUAAAACGCAUCUUUAAUUACAAAGAUAAAUGUUGCGUAUUAAGCAAAAUGUUGCUUAAACCAAAUAUCCUUUCAUCUCUCGUUAAGCUACUUUUGUCUCAUUCUAAAGCUCGGAUGUAUAGUGCAGUGCAGGCGAGCGAAGCUGCCCAUAUGAAAUAUUUCAUUUAUUUAAUACCUAGUCAUUUUUCAUUCCAUUUUUUAUUUAAUUUAAAAAGAAAGAGGUGUAAUAUUAUUAUUAAUUUAUUAAGUAUGUGGUGGAGAAAUCAGUAUUUCAUUACGGAUAUUAUUGUUUUAUUUAUAUAAUAAAGAAAAGGAAUAAAGAAAAGGUAGGUUUUGUAUUUUUUGACAGCAAUAAAAUUUAUCACGAA